AUGACGAAGAAGGAUGUCGCCGCCAAGGAGUCGGACCCGUGCCCUGAAGUUUCCGAAGAAGCGGAAGCUGUGGCUGCUGAGUUCGAGAAAGAAGCUUCGCUUCAGAAUGUCGGCUUCAAUCUUCUCGUCGAUCGCUCCGGGCAGCUCAUGAAGGAGAAGCGCCAGGUGAAUCGGAAGGACGUGGAGCUGAACCCGAGAGUGAUCGCUGCUGUGCUACGUGGCAGCAAGCGUGGCCGGAAACGUUACAGUGCGCAUCUGCUAGCAGAUGCUGUGCGCUGCUGGUACCACCGCAAUAAACUGGUGCCAAGAGGUAUCAGUGUGAAUGCUCCAUCUGUGCAAGACUGGGCAUUGAAGGUGGGCAACGCCAUUCGGAAAUUGGCAACCAAGUUCAAGCGCCUCGCACAACGUGCCAGAACUUCACGCAACAAAGCCAUAGGGGAGCUCAAGGCUGAGUUGCUUGAUUUCCUUCCCAAGCAGGAUGCCGAAUCUGGAGCUGAAGAAAGUGACGAUGCUUCGGAUGAAGGGAGCCUUGUGCAGAAGUAUCGCAAGCUCUCCUUGACUUCUUCCACCUCCGCUGUGGCAGCUGCUGCAAUGGAAGAAGCAAACUCGGAAGUUUCUACUGCUGUCAGUUCUAGUGACAAUGCUGUUCGAACUAAAACGACUGAGAAGCUGAAUGCUAUCUUCUUACGCUUGAAGCAGCAGAAGCUCAAGAAGACCCCGGAAGAGAUGCAAAACAACUUCGUGGUUCCACCGUCGGUGCUGAGCAGCAUCGAGGCCAUGACGAAGGAGCCCCCCAAGCCAUUCCUGCCGAGCUCACAGUGGAAGGGGCAGGACUACGAGAGCGAGUGCGAUGAAGAUGGGGAUGAUGGAGAGCCCGAUGAGUCCGACAAGAAGCCAGCUAUGCCGAAAGCCAAAGCUAAAAGCAAAGCUAAAGCUAAAUCUGCCCCAGGCAAGGUGAGGGUUGAGAUGGAUGCUCCUGGGGAUUGCGCUUACGUGCCGGGUGAGUUUCGCAAGCGGAAGAAGGAAUACUGCCAGGAAUGCACCCGGGAAGGCUACCUUACCUAUUGGGAAGCCCUUCAGGCUUGGAAUUUCAGCGAUGAAAGAUCCCAGCUGUUGCAAAAUUUAUCUGCCAGUGAGCUCAGUCGCCGAAGGUUCGACUGA